AUGUUCAAGAACCAAGGUUUUCGGAGUGCUGUUGUAUACUCCAGGUACCUUCGGUGCUUUCGAAACCGCCCUAUCUACCCAUCGUUCACUAUCAGUCCCUCCGCCUUUUCCAAAUAUGAUAUGGAUGUUCCAUCCCUCCUGCGUGGUCUCGGUUGGUCUGCCUUACUGGACGACCAGCGGUUUCUGCACUGUCCAGAGGCGGUUCGUCUCUUUUAUGUCAAUCUCCGACAGGGGCGUGGUGCUGAACCAAAGUCCUUCACUACUUUGGUCUAUGAUCAUGAGAUCACAGUCACUCCAGAUCUGCUUGCCUCAGUCCUCUCUCUGCCUCAUCAAGGAUGGCGGGUUGGCUUUGAGGGCGAAUUUGUAGAUCUUGGGUUUGAUUUUGGGACUGCCCUGAAUGAUCUCAUCCGUGAUAUUGGUCGUGCCUUUCCCACAAUGCUAGCUGCUGGUCGCUUACCUGAUGAUCUUAAGGUCUUCCACUUCUUCCUUACCCGCUGCCUUCUUCCCAGAGACAUCUCUAGCACUGAUAUCCUCCAUACUUCUGAUCUCUGGGUUAUGUCCAAUGCUCGUUCUCGCUCACCUAUCAGCUAUGCCUCUCUUGUCUUUGCCCACAUGAUUCAGUACGGGAAUGGUGGUUACAGCGGUCCGCUUCCAUUUGGUCCGCUUAUCACGCGCUAUCUUUAUCGUCUGGGCAUUGACCUUCGUGAUAAGGUUGUUGUUUGCAACAUUCAUGAUGAUCUACGUCCCAAUCAUGUCCUCAAUCGUCUCAAUGCUGAUGUUGGGCGCCGUCAGCUUCUCUCUGGCUCAGGGGGAGAUACCAGUUACCUUGUCUUCUCUGCACAACCUGCACAAAAAGCCACUGAUGGCUUAAUGUCAGGACUGACACAAGCUGCGGUAUCUGCACUUGACCUUGAAAUCAGACGAGGAAAGGAGGCUGGAAGUGAAUCAACAACUAGACUUCAAGUGUGCAAGGAGCGUCUGGAGCUUCUGGAAGAUGAUGAAGCCAUGCCUGCACCAGACAACUUCGAUCCCAUAUCUCCUGACAGCAGCUCAGGAGAUGAUAUCUCUGAUUAUGAAACUCCACCCGAUUAUCCCUUUUAA